AUGGCUUCUCAAGACAGCGAACUGAGCCCUGUGGAAUUCAUCCAGCUGCAGGAGUACAUGGAGUACAGCAGUAUGGAGGUGAGGGAUGUGCUGAAGCAAUUUAAUGCAGGUGGGAAGUUUGCCCAGCAUAAGUUUGGAGAGCGCAUCGAUGCAGUUGGAUUUUCCCUGUUCCUGAAGACGUACCUGGAGGUAAAUGAUUUUCCAGAAGAUCUCUGUCAGCGACUUUAUCGCUAUUUCCAGGCUUCUGAGCAGCAUUCGUCUGAAAAAUGCACCUCCCCCAAAGACGGUGGUGUUUCCAUUAAAGACAUAUCGUGCUAUUUUUCUGUGCUGGAGGCAGGAAAACCUAGAGACAAGUUGGAGUUUACUUUCAAAUUAUAUGACAAAGAUGGCAAUGGGCUUCUGGAUACCUCGGAAGUGAACAGGAUAAUCACUCAGAUGGUUCGGGCCGCCCAUUACCUCGGCUGGGAUGUGUCAGAGCUCAGGCCGGUGCUGAGAGACAUGAUGACAGCCAUAGAUACAGACAGCAAUGGGAUGGUCACGCAGCAGGAGUGGAUCCAGGGUGGUCUGAACAACAUUCCCUUACUGGUGCUGCUGGGGCUGAGGAUCCCUGAGAAAGACGGGCAGCACAUCUGGAGGAUGAAGAAUUUUAACAGGCCCACGUACUGCUACGUAUGUCAAAACCUGCUACUGGGGCUGCGCAAACAGGGCCUCAGCUGCAACCUUUGCAAGUACACUGUCCACAGUCACUGUGCCAAUAAGAAUCCAGCUCCCUGUGCGAAAACGUUCGUCAAAUCUAAAGCAGAGUUAGGGGUACCAGCUCAUGACUGGAUCAGUGCUGACUGUGACUCCAGUAAGUGUGAGAUCUGCAAUAAGAAGAUCAAGACACUUAUGGGAAAGCACUGUGUGUGGUGCCAUGGCAUGCGCCAUAAUGACUGUGUGUCGCUCGGCCCAACUGCCUGUGACUGUGGACCUCUGAGGGACCAUAUUCUCCCACCAUGGGCCAUAUGCACGGUCUCCAAGGAAGGUAUGGGCUCCAUCUCUGCGGAAGAGAGGGACCUGGUGAACAUGACUGCAGAUGGACAUUCACUGCAGGCCUUCCCUGUCCCAAAUGUUCAUCCUCUUUUAGUGUUUGUGAACCCAAAAAGUGGUGGCAACCAGGGAGAGAGAGUCUUACGGAAGUUCCAAUACCUGCUGAACCCAAGGCAGGUCUACAAUCUAUCCAAUGGAGGGCCAAAGCCAGGACUUCAUUUCUUCCGGAAUCUUACCAUGUACCGAAUCUUAGUCUGCGGUGGUGAUGGCACUGUGGGGUGGAUCCUGGAGGCUAUUGACAAAGCUAAUCUGGCAGUCCGUCCUCCGGUAGCAGUUCUGCCCCUUGGCACAGGCAAUGAUCUGGCCCGAUGCCUUCGCUGGGGCGGGGGAUAUGAAGGCACAGAUCUGAGCGAGAUUCUGAAGGAGGUGGAGGCUAGCUCCGUCAUACAGCUGGACCGCUGGAGUAUCCAGGUUAUCCCAGAUAACCCCCAGGAGAAGGGCGAUCCUGUUCCCUAUGAGAUCAUCAACAAUUAUUUCUCCAUCGGAGUGGAUGCUUCCAUUGCCCACCGAUUCCACACCAUGAGGGAAAAGUGCCCACAAAAGUUUAACAGCAGAGCUAAGAACAAGCUUUGCUACUUUGAGCUGGCCACCUCUGAGACUAUAUCAUCCAGCUGCAAGAAUCUGAAAGAAUGUAUUCAAAUUGAGUGCUGUCGAACCCCAUUGGACCUGCGCAAUCUCUCUCUGGAAGCCAUUGCGGUGCUCAACAUUCCCAGCAUGUAUGGUGGCUCCAACAUAUGGGGCGAGUCCAAGAAACCAGAGGGGGUGACUGAGGGAGACAAGCAACUGCCCAAGGUCAUUACUGACCCGGAAAUCCUUAAGACGAGAGUUCAGGAUAUGAGCGACAUGCGUUUAGAAGUGGUUGGGCUGGAAGGAGCAAUGGAAAUGGGGCAGAUUUAUACUGGCUUAAAGAGUAAUGGACAUCGACUUGCUCAAACUGCACAAAUCACUAUCAGGACACUGAAGGCUUUGCCUAUGCAGAUUGAUGGAGAGCCGUGGAUGCAGCCUCCUUGUACUAUCCACAUCACGCACAAGAACCAGGCCAACAUGUUGAUAGCUCCACCUGCAAAAUCAAGUGGAUUCUUCCACCUCUAGAGGAAUACAAGACAAUGUCCACAAGCAACAGACCUCUGUGGUUCAUUUGUAGUAUAGGUAGAAUUUCAGAAUUAUACAGUGUGAAAACGUGUCAAAUUGAUCCAAAAAGGAUGUGGUGAUUUCCCUGUCGUUUGAUUUUUUUCUUCACUCAUUUUUCGGUCCUGUCAUGUGAUCAUGUCUCAAAUUAUCCAAAACUGGUGUUUAGAAAGAGUUGUGCUUUGGAUGUAAUAUGCCACAUUUAGCUCU